CUCCCUGUCUGUCGGGGGGCGUGUCUGAGCGCGCGGACGGGUUCUGCUCGUUAAAAUGGCCGAAAAAUAAAAGUAAAAGUUAAAAAUACGGAAACAGAACCGUGUUGGAUCGCUGUCCGGGUCCGGGUCGGACUGAGUCGGAUUCUAGUGGAUUCUGCUGAGAGUGAAACUUUCCAAUGAACUGCAGUUUUUGUCUUCCUGCUGUACCGUUCCCUCUCCAGGGUCCUCCACAUCCUGAGCCCUCGCUCCGGGGGUUCGUCUCCCAUCAUGCCCGUGGACAUGGCCAUGAGGAUCUGCCUGACCAGCUCUCCUCCUGUGCGCUCCUUCCUCAGUAACUAUGACAACCGCUGUUCUUCAUCGGCAGCCGCUCUGUUGAAACACUGUGAACCGCUGCGACCCUGUCUGUCCUCCUUCAGUAGCAACAUUGCCACGGCAACCACGACCUCGGCGAGCACGGAGCUCGGUGGCGGCGGCCCGGCGUGGCUGAGGAGAAAGAAGAAGAAGAAGAGCGUAGUGUUUGCAGACUCUCAGGGCCUCGCGCUCACCGCCAUCCACGUCUUUGACGAGGCCGAGGACCCGCUGGCCGAGCUGCAGUUCCACCUGACGGAGAUAGAGGGCGCCACAGCAGGACUGCACCUGGGAGACAGCGAAGAAGCUCCAGAUUGCGGUCCAGGCCUGGUUCUGGACUUCAUCCAGCCGGGUUCAGACUAUCUGGACCUGAGGAACCGGCUCAAAGCCCAGCAGGUUUGUCUAGAAACCUGUUCUCUCCAGGAGCGUCUGCUUUCAGGCACUGUUCAGGUCCGAAACCUCUCCUUUGACAAGUCCGUCUCAGUCCGGAUCACCUUUGACUCGUGGCACUCUUUCCAGGAUGUUCCAUGUCUGUACCUGAACAACAUCUACGGGCGCCCUGACACCGACACUUUCUCCUUCUCUAUCUUGGUACCGGAGGUCCUCGAACCCUCCAACACAGUGGAGUUCUGCAUUCAGUACCAGUCUCAGGACAACACCUUCUGGGACAACAACCACGGGAACAACUACCGGCUGGCUGUCAUGGACCCAAACGGCAGCAUUGAGAGUACCGUCGGGAUGGAGAGAGACCGCGGUGGAGAGAAGAAGGAGGAGAUGGAGUUUGAUCCCUUUGGAAGUCCCAGGACGUCAUCAGGGAUCUUCCCUGAGUGGCAGAGCUGGGGUUGUGUUGAGACCAGCGCCCCCUACUGGUGAAACCGUCACAGGACAUGUUUUAUGUUAUGUUGCACUUACCCUGUGAUUUUGUUCCGAAGAUGUAAGAGAUUCACAGGACCCUCACAGGAGCACUGAAAGCCACAUUAUAUCCUCUGGAGACGUGUUGGUAGGAUACACUACGGAUUGUUCUCACUUGAAUCACUUUAGCUGCCCUAUUAUGAGUUAUUUAGAGUAUUUGUGAAAGUGUUAACGUCUGGACGGAGUAUGGAAGGACUCAGGAUAACAGCCAGUUCAACAUCAGGUGGUAAAAAUGUCUCGACCCAACACUUGUGAUGAAUGAAUUGGCCCACGUGGUUUCAGGGACCGACCCUGGGCCCGAACUGGCCUGAUUCUCCGCUCACAUCUUGUAAGAUUUGAACCCCAACAAACAAAUCCCACUGCCCUAUAAGAGUCAGACCUGGCUCACAUCUGGUCCUCCUGUGCCGACACCUGGCCGCGAUUGGCCCAACUCAGCUGGAUACUGUGGAUGACCUCAUGGGAUCUUAAAUCUUAAAAAAAAUUACAAAGGGAUUUAUAGUUGCUUUUUAAAAGCAUCCCAACACUUCAAGAAUUUGCAAGAUACACAUUUUUAAAUUAGUCCCUCCAGGAAAUUGCGACCAUUAACGCAAAUUCAACAAAUCCUUGUGAAUUCUGUAUGCAGUUUUGUCACACUACAACAUUUCUGCAAGACCAAUCAUUCUAGUUUUUUGGGGACAACGUUGAUAACGGCCACAACUUCCAUCUUUAGCAUGUAGCAUUAGCAUGUAGGUUGACUGUUUUAGCAAUUUUCAUUUUCUCUCGCAUGCAGAAUCCUGGAGGGUCUGUUAAAUUAGCAAGUAUGACAAUGAGCACAAAGGUAUUCAGGAGUCGUUAGGGCUUUUUAAAAGCAUGCAAAGGAUUCUGUGACUCACAAGGAUCCACAAGGUGACCUGUAAGGCUUUAGAAGUCUCACACAGAUUACAAGUGCUUUCUUAAAACUUCCCAAAGAUCCAUUGGGGGGGGGGGGUUCAAGGCCUUACACAUGUUUUAAAAACAUCCACAAGGCUUCAUUCAUUAAAAGCUUUUCACAGGAGUUUUGUGGUUUGUAUAAAGGACACAAACGAUGAAUUAAACAACGCAAGACUUCAUAUUAUCCAGUUGAGUGACCAAGCUUUGUUUUUUACAGCUGAACAGCGUGAGGAUGGUUGACUGAAGGAGGAUUUAUACA